CAAAGUUUAAGACGCGUAUUGCGAUUCAAUUUGGUCCAACCCAAGGUUCCCAUAUUUUAAAGUUCAAAAAUAGAGAAAUAUAACCCGCUUGGGCUUGAGCCCAAUUUAGUAUGUAUAUGACUAAUUUUAGGCCUUUUAACCUCGCCGUUCCUCUUGAACUGAUAAGAGUAGUUCUAUCUUCCUCAUCGUCUCCUUCGUGUUCGCUCGCUUAACGCCGCCAUCAACGAUUUCUCUCAUCUUCUCCCAUACUUACUGGGUUUUGAUUGAAAAGAGUUGAAACGAUGUACAACGGAAUAGGGCUACAGACCGCGAGAGGAUCUGGGACUAAUGGUUACGUUCAGACGAACAAGUUCUUCGUGAGGCCUAGGAAUGGUGGUAAGCCUGUUAAUGGCGGAAAAGGGUUUGCGGAUGAUCAGGGAACCGCUGGUUUAUCCAAGAAGCCUAACAAAGACAUCCUUGAGCAUGACCGUAAGCGUCAGAUUCAUCUCAAGCUUGCUGUGCUUGAAGAUGAGCUUUCAGAUCAGGGCUUUUCUGAUGCUGAGAUUGCUCAGAAGCUUGAGGAAGCUAAAUUGAAGUUCGAAGCUGCUGCUGCUGAGGCUUCUGAGGAGAGUGAUGCGAAGAUCUCUGAUACACAGACUCAUCAGGUUGCUGCGAGGAAAGAGAAGCAGAUGGAAGCUUUUCGAGCUGCGCUUGGUUUGCGUGAUGAGGAGCAGGCUGAAGAAGGGAUCAUUGAGGAGGAGCCAACGGGGUUGGUGAAAGAGAGGCGUGAGCAUUCGUUUUUGGACCGGGGUAGUGGGAGGAAGGUAGAGGAGGAUGUAGAGGUGAAGGAUGGUAAGGGUAAGGAAAGCAAGAAGAAGCGUGGUGGUGAUGAUGUGGAUGAAGUGAAGCGUCACAAGAAGAAAGGGAGCAAGAAGAGAAGACAUGAUGAUGACUCAUCUGAGUCUGAUGAUAGUGGUCGUGACAGCAGAAGGAGGUCUAAGAAGAAGGCUAAGGGGCGUAAACAAGAGAGUGAUAGUGAAAGUGACUCUACCAGCUCCGAGUCUGACUCUGACAGUGACAGUGGAGAGAAGAGGAGAAGGAAGGCUACCAAGAAACGUGGUAGAAGCAGAAGAAGUGUCUCUUCUGAAUCUGAAGUUGAGAGUGAUGACAGCAAGAAACUUAGGAAGUCACACAAAAAGAGUCGACCCUCCAACCAAUCUGUUUCGAAAGCUUCAAAGGACAAACCUGAUGAAGGAAGAGGUGGGCGGAAGAGGCAUGAUUCUGAUGUUAGCGAGCCUGAAUCUGAGGAUGAGAAACAACAACUGCGAAAGAAAGAAGAAGCUUACCGUGGUGGACAAAAGCAGAAAAGAGACCAUGAAGACCUGGAGUUUAAUCGUCUCAAGGACAUGCAUAGAGGUGGUUCUAGUGGAAAGAAAGGUGCAAGAGACUCUGAUGACAGCGAGACGGAGUAUGGGAACAAUAAGAAACAGCUGCGCAGUAAAGUAGAAGUUUACAGUGGAGGAAUGAGCAAGAAGAGAGAUGACGAAGAGACCGUGUCCAAGCAUGGCAAGGACAGCUAUAAGAGUGAUUCUCGUAGCAAGCAAGUUGCAAAAGACUCUUCUGAUGACAGUGAGGCUGAGUAUGAAAAUAGGAGGGAGCUGAAGGAUGACAGUUACCAAAGAGGAAGGAAGCAGAUAAGAGAGGAAGACUACCAUGGAAGGGACAGGUAUAGAAGCGAUGAUGCUGGUCAGAGACGUGGAACAGUCAAGGAUGUUGAUGAUAGGUAUAGAGGUCGUCAAGACAGCGAGGAAGAGGAUGAUAAUGACAGGGGUAGAUACAGACACAGACGUGAAACGGUUAAGGUUAAGGAGGAUGAUGAAGAGUACAAGCGUGGCAGGGACAGGUACAGAGGCGAUAAGGAGGACAGGUAUAGAGAUGAAGUUGCUGCUGGGAAAAGACAUGUGACAGGUAAGGAAGACGAAGAUGAUGAAAGAGUUAGCAGAGAGCGUGAGUACUCAUACAAGGGUCGAAAUCAUAACGAUGGCCGAUCAAGUGGGAAGAGAUCCUCCUACGGUGAUAGAGAUUAAUGAUCUUGUUUCAUAUGUAUGUCUUUUAAGUUUCUCAAAUAUUGGUGUGUUUGUUGGUUUGUCACAACUCACAACAUAAGCCUUUUUUGUUGCUUGCAAACUAUUUUGAGUCUUUAAUUGUGGUUUACUCAUCAGUCAAAUGGUUUAACCUAAUAUUAU